CCCACGGACGCGCCCAGUCUCCGUCCCCUUCGCCAGCGCCACCAUCGCCUCUCCUCUCCCGAGCCUCGCCUUCACGCCGCCAGAGCACCCUCGCAACAACUCACGCCGCUGUGCCCACCCGCCCUGCAGUGCCCCGAAGCAACAUCUCUCUGCAACGAUCUUCACAGUUAGGAAGAGAUUGUGUUUGGGAUGCUCACCUGUGACCUGAAACUGAGAUGAGAGAUAUCUGACGACACAUCACACUCCAUCGUCCACCUGCCAAGCAUGAUGGACUGAGAUAUCAUGAGCUAAGGGAGAGAUUUGUGCGGAGCUAUUUCUGCCUGAGUAGGUUACGAAGAUCCUCGAGCCUGCCAAAUUGUCUAUCAGGCAACGAUAUCUCAGGAUAGAAUAACGAAUCUACUGUAAACAUUAUUAACAGAGGAACCUUCACAGUUUACCGAACAUAUAUUCCCUGGAUUUGAUAAAGAAUUAGAGGAGGAGGGCACUCGUUUCAACCCAGCAAGGUGGGGGUGACAAUGCAUCAGCUUUCCUGAAGUACAGCCUAAGCUUUCUGAGCCGUUUGGUGGCCGAUGCUCGGGGCAACUAAGGCAAAGUCUCCAUCACAUUCAGGAGGUAUUCACUUGCCAACUCAAGUUUACCGCUUGGGGUUCCUGCAGAUCCUUCACAAGUGUCUGAAUGGGCAACACACUCUGUGAUAUUUGAGACUGAGGCCACAGGCAAGGCUGUAGAGAUUAAAUCUGCUGGAGACAAUCACAAAAAUUUGGAUGAUAAAGAGCUGACCCCCAAAGUUAACCUGGCAGUACAGUAUAAAACACCUGAGGAUGCUAAUGACGACCUGGCAUCUUGUUUGAACUCAUCGUUAUUUCCUUAUCAUCAUUUGCAUGCACCACAACAGGAAACUGGUACUCAAGAUCACGAAUAUAAGUACUUGUAAGAUACCUCCAAUCAGGGGAUAUCAAAAAGGUGCAGAUCAAGCUUGCAUUCUGGCAGUCACAGGUGGAAGUCAUUUACCAUGUCAGUGCCGGAAAUAAAGGUCACUGACACACCUGACAAUGAGCUCAUGGAGUACGAAGAAGAUGCAACCGGUAGCCAGUCCCGAAGAUCUAGUAAUACACGGAGAAGGUCAAGCAGUUCUUCACCACUUCGACCACAGUUCCGGCAGUCAAUCCCAGACAUUCAUAUCGAAGCAGUAGAUACUGAUGACUACCAAAGAGUACCAGAAUAUGAGACUCAAGCACAAUACUCAGACAAUGUUUUUGAUGAUUCUCAGAAUGAAGAAUUCUUCAGCAUUGAUGCAGAAGGCAGGUCAAGGCGCAAGUCCAAUGAAGAGACUUCGGCAGAUGUCCAGGGAAGAUAUCUCACAGAAGUUCUCAAUACCAAGAGUCGAAGGUCCUUCAGUGACAGUUCACCUGAGAGAUAUGGUCGAAGAAAGUCAAUUGCUGAACUAACACCUGAGAUGAAAGCUCGCAUUUCUGUGUUUGAAGAAAUAACGGACUUCCAGAGAGAUAUGGCUGUCCCCAGUCACUUGACUGAGGUAGAGGUCAGGAGAGUCAGUGUUGACUAUGGUCAAGAUCAGGAUAUUGAGAUGAGCUCUGAUGAUGUCUUCAGCCCAAGCACCAAAGACUCUUCCCGACGUUUGUCAACACAAGGAGAUGGCCUUGAGAGGCGAAAGUCAAUCAAGGACAAGAUUCUAAAUAUAGAACGAAGGAAAUCCCUCCGAGACGAAUCUGCUGACAUGCCGGAGUAUUUAGAAGUGGAUCCAGCAUCAGGAGGAAAAAGAAGUAGACCUUCUGAGGAAGAAAUAUUAGUCACAGAACGCAGGAGGUCAACUGGAGGUGAUCUGGUGGAUAUCAAGCGCAGAAAGUCAACAAAAGAAGACAAUCUAGACAAUUUGCAAAGGAGGAAGAGUAAGGACAUAAGCGCAGAAAGAAAGUUAAGCAGAGGCGAAAUCCAAGCUAUAAACCAAAGAAGAUCAUCAACCAAAGGGGAAUUACAGGACAAGGAGAGGAGAAUGAGCAAAGAAGAAAUCAUGACCUCAAAACGUAGAAGAUCAACACGAGCUGAAUUACAAGAAUUAGAAGGAGAAAGACUCAGCAAAGGUGAAAUACAAGAACUCAAGAGGAGGAAAUCAUCCCAUGGUAGUACUCAUGAUGCAGAUGGUAACAGUCGUCGUGAAAGUGUAAAUUCUGAAGAUCCAACUAUUCAGGCAGCUCUGAAGGCCCAGUUGGGGACUCUCCUCUUGCUCCCAGAAGUAGACAUUGAUAACUAUGAAACCUUUAGGGAAACAACAGAAGAAACUGUUACUCCUGAAGUUAUGGCCCGAAGCUUCAGUGAGUUGGAGGCUUCAGAGGGAGUAGACGAUGCAGAAUUAGAAGAACAAUAUUUGAGGGCCAUAUCUCCCUACCUGAAGUAUCGUAAGUCCAUCAGUGAAUUAGAACCUUACAUGCAGUUCCAGGAAAAAGCUACUGAAAUGAAACCUAAAAUUCAAGCUCAACUGUCAGCCAGCAAAGAAAGUCAGGACGGUGAUGAAGGCUCAAUAUCGAGACAAGAUGCUGAGGAGAUGCAUAAAUCAAGCAUAAAUUCUGAGAACAAUGACUUAGCUUCAAGUAGUGAAAAUGAGUCAGACCUAGAUGUGAAAUGGGAGGUUAAUGAAACAGAUAAUUGUGAGCCUGUCAGUGAUACUGUGUCUGACUUAGCUAGACGAGAAUCCACUGGAACAUCUAGAGGUGACCCAGAGCUAAAACUUGUCAACUACCAAACAGUAAACACAGAUGCUGGAAAUGGAAAGCAAAUGUCUCGCAGUAAUUCUCUUCGCAGGCGCAGCUCAAUACCAGUGGUUGAUGUAGAGCCAGAACUACAAGCUCUUAGAUCACAACGAUAUCUGAAAAUUGCAAGUCAGCAAACAGAGGAACUCUCUAAGGAUAAAGUUGAUGGAUCUGGAAUAUCUUCUUCAGAUGCAAUAGCACAAAGUCCAUCAAAGAAUUCCAUGCCAGAUGUUGAGGAACAGAGCUCUCAAACGUCUAACACUGAAGUUCGUAGAUCAUUCUCUGCACCAUCAGAGAAUCAAGGUUUUGACACACCAACAAGUGAUCUGGAUACCAAUUACAAAGAUAAUGAAAUAAUUAACACAAGUCCUAGUAACCAGUCAAAUCUUGAUAUUGAGUGGAACUUUGAUAAGCCUGUUAGAGUUCGGAAGCUUUCCAAUAUUCCUCCAGAUGAGGAUGAAUAUCUGACCCACAGGUCGAGUGGACCUAAAUAUUUAAAUGUGCAAACUGAAGAGGUCCUGGGAGGAAGUGAGAUUACUGAGAGAAGAAAGUCUAUCAGUGAUGUGUUCCCUGAAAUUGACUUCCGGAGACCAAGUAGCAUUGGGGCAACACUCAAUACUAUCAAUGGUGAAAGUGAGGUAGAUCUAGUGCAAGAUGAAGAAGUUUCCACUACCAAGAACUCUUCCCACUCAGUGGCAGAUGUUCAGUCAACAGUGUUCUCGUUACCUGACUUGAAUGCUUUCAUGACAGCACCCAGACCAGAACUCAGUUCUGAGAACCAGGGUCGCAAAAGUUCAGUUUCUAACUUAUUACAUGAUGGUCAAAGCCGGAAAAGUUCUGUUUCAGAUCAUUCACCUCAGACAAAGAGUCGCAAAAGUUCUCAAUCCAAUCUGUCAGUUGAUAUGAAUAACAUGUCACCAGAAACACAUAGUCGCAAAAGUUCUGUUUCAGACCAGUCACCUGAGAACCAAAGCCGGAGAGGCUCAGUCUCACCCACUACACAAAGUCGUCGAAAUUCAUCAUUGUCACCACAGAGACGCAAGAGCACAGCUGGUGGAGAUUUUUUGUUCACACAGCCUCGCAAAUCAAUUGCAGAACUAACUCCAGCCAUGUUAGCCAAAAUAGCAAAGUUUGAACCUGUAGCAGACAACGAUUCACCUAUAACUGUCGAAACACAAGAUUCUGAUUUCCAAAGAGGGCAGUCAUUACCCAUGAAUAUGCCAGACAUCCAGAUUCAGACACCAAGUAGUGAGUCUGAUAAUGAAGAUGAGUACAGACAAGACCCAAGUCUUUCACAUGGGAUGGCCAUACAUGAUGAGUCUUCAGACAUGGAAUAUCACAGCAUACCAAGGGAAAGGGCCAGGCAGUUGUCAAUUGAUGAGGAACUGAUGAUAUUAGAGCGGAGGUUGUCACAGACUGGAGAUUUUCCAGUUGUUGGUGAAAAUACAGACUCCAAAAGACGUAGAUCUGCAGCAAGUGAGACUUCAGAUAUUAAGAGAAGGAAGUCAAGUAUAGUUCAGAGUAUGGGAGAGGAGGAUGAUACAAGUACAGGGGAAAUACUUCACUUGGAGCAGAGAAGACUUACAAGACAUGAAAUUCCUGAAGUAUCUGGCAUGGAAAGACGAGGAUCUGAUCGUCGAGGUUCUACUUUCAGUAACAGCUCAACCACUGCACACCGAGAUUCUGCAGUGAGUAAUAUUUCAACCUCUGUGCGUCGAGGUUCUGCUGUGAGUAACAUCACUUCCGAACGACGAGGUUCAGCUAUGAGUAACAUAUCUGCUUCUGAACGACGAGGAUCUGCCAUGAGUAACAUUUCAGUCUCUGAAAGGCGAGGUUCUGCUGUGAGUAAUAUUUCAGCCUCCGAAAGGCGAGGUUCUGCUGUGAGUAAUAUUUCUGCCUCCGAAAGGCGAGGUUCUGCUGUGAGUAAUAUUUCAGCCUCCGAAAGGCAAGGUUCUGCUGUGAGUAAUAUUUCAGCCUCCGAAAGGCGAGGUUCUGCUGUGAGUAAUAUUUCAGCUUCCGAAAGGCGAGGAUCAUCCAAGAGUAACAUUGCUUCUGAACGGCGAGGUUCUGCUGUGAGUAAUAUUUCAGCUUCCGAAAGGCGAGGAUCUUCCAAGAGUAACAUUGCUUCUGAACGGCGAGGUUCUACCAUAAGUAACAUCUCAACCUCCGAAAGGCGAGGAUCUUCCAAGAGUAACAUUGCUUCUGAACGGCGAGGUUCAGCUAUGAGUAAUAUUUCUGUUUCUGAACGACGAGGAUCUGCCAUGAGUAAUAUUUCAGCCUCUGAACGGCGAGGUUCUGCCACAAGUAACAUCUCAGCCUCCAAACGGCGAGGUUCUGCCAUGAGUAACAUCUCAGCCUCCGAAAGGCGAGUUUCUGCCGCGAGUAAUAUCUCUGAAAUGGAACGUCGUGACUCAGCUACAAGUGACGUCUCUAACAAGCAACGUCGAGGCUCAGCCAGAAGUGAUGUUUCUACCAAACAACGUCGAGAUUCUGCUAAAAGUGACAUUUCUAAUAAGCAACGACGAAGCUCAGCUAAAAGUGACAUCUCUGUUAAGAAACGCCGAAGCUCUGCCAGAACUGAUGCUACACACAUGAAACGACGAAGCUCUGCUAGAAGUGACGUAUCUGAUGUGCAGCGGCGAGGCUCUGCUGUAAGUAACAGUUCUGCAAGAAGUGAAGAGAUUGAUGUAGAAGGGGAAUAUUAUGAUAAUGAACAGUAUGAAGAAGCGGAAUAUACUGGUGAAGAGGAAGAAUAUUAUGAAGAGGAAGAUGUAGGAGACCAGGAUGAAGAAUACUUUGAAGAGGAAGAAGUAGAAGGCGAAGAGGAAUAUGUAGAGGAUGAAGAAGUUGAAUACUAUGAAGAAGAGGGUGAAGCAGAAGAGACUGAAGAAUAUUAUGAAGAAGAGGGUGAAAUCGAAGAAGGGGAAGAAUAUUACGAAGAAGAGGGUGAAGUGGAGGAAGGUGAAGAGUAUUACGAAGAAGAGGGUGAAGUGGAGGAAGGUGAAGAGUAUUACGAAGAAGAGGGUGAAAUAGAGGAAGGCGAAGAAUAUUAUGAGGAAGAAGAGGGUGAAGUAGAGGAAGGUGAGGAAUAUUACGAAGAGGGUGAAGUGGAGGAAGAUGAAGAAUAUUACAAAGAAGAGGGUGAAGUGGAGGAUGAGGUGUAUUACGAAGAAGAAGAGGGCGAGGCAGAAGAAAUAGAUGAAUAUUAUGAAGAGGGUGAAGUAGAGGAAGGUGAAGAUCAUGAAGAGGGUGAAGCAGGAGAGCCAGAGGAAUAUUAUGAAGAGGAAGAGGAAGGUGAAGUAGAUGUUGAUGCGCACCAUGAACAAGACGAUGAUCAACCUGAUGAAGAUCAAGGACAUGGUCAAACUGGUCAAGUCAGUGAUUCUGAUGAAAAUGUAAAAUAUCUUAAAGAGGAAGUUGAUGAGGAUGAUUUAGAAUACACACGGCCUCGGACACCAGAUAGGAGAUACCUAGAAUCACUCAGUGACACACAGGAAGUGGGUGAUAUUCCACCGGAUCAAUCAGAGAACCUAACCACGGAAGAAGAUGAACAAUAUCUGCGUGCAGCUUCACCUUAUCUGAAAUAUCGCAAGUCAAUAAGUGACCUUGAACCUUACCUCGAUUUCAAGAAAGAGGUUAGUGACCUUAAACCUGAAAUCCAGGCCCAAUUUUUGAGCAGUCAUGAAAAUGGUCAUGAUGAAGAGCAAAGCCAAGCACACAGAAAAUCCACAGAGUCUGCAGAAUCCAGUAUUCGCCGGUUUUCACAGACCUCACUAUCAGAGAGAGUCUCCAGAAAUUCGAGAGGAGCAACGCCAGACAUAGAAAUUAACCCCCAGGAGCUACCGACAGUUGAGAUUCACGACCCAAGCACUGACUCAGAAACAGAAGGGGCAGCAACAUUGAAUAUACCAAAAUCACAAGAAGAACCAAGAAAAUCGAUUGGGAGUGAUGUCUUGCAGUUUCUGCUGAGGAGAUUCAGUAGUCAACCAAUACCAGACCAUCAAAGCCUACCAAAUGAGGACAGGGGGAAUUCAGAGUCACAAACUGAGCAGUAUGAAGAAAAACGCAAAUCCAUUCAGUACAACAGUUCAGACAGUGAGGCAGAGCCAAAAGUAAAGUGGGGAGUUAAUCUGGGUGCAGAGAAUUCCAAAGUUCAAGAAAUUGUAGGUGAAGCUGCAACCCGACGAAAGAGCAGCGCAGUGAAUCCAGAACUUCUUGCCUCUGAGCUGAUUGAUGAACUUGAAAAUCAGAGAAAGAAAAGCCUUAGUGAAAAUAAAAUAGGAGAUAUUGAGGCCUAUCAUUCUCUUCCUGGAGAUGAGCUAGACAUGGGAAACCAGGCAUUGGAAACAGAAUGGAAACCUCAGCCACUUCCUCGUAGGUCUUUCAGCCAUGAAGCACAACUGCAUGAAAAGAACAUCAAAGAUGCUAAUGAUGUAGAGUCAGAUUCACAAGACAUUGAUAUUGAAGUUUACAGAAGAGUUUCUUCCACCUCCCCAGAUACAAAAGAAAUGCUUGCAACAUCACCUGUUAGUUCACCUGGGGAAUUUAAUACUCAACAUUCACCCCGAGGAUCAUCUGCUGGAAGAGAUUCAUCAGAUGGUCUUGAAACUGCAUUGUCACCAAGACACUCAGUAGCAAGCAUAGUGUCAAAUAAAUCGCCAAGGGCAUCUCCUUCCCCAAGGAGUUCAACUUCUGGCUUGGAUAUAGCCAGAGAAUCUAGGAAAUAUUCACAGGACUUGUCAACAAACACUGAUUCUCUAGACAUACAAGAUAUGCCAAAUCUUCGUCGCCGUUCAGUAGUUAAGCUUGAACCAGAACUAAACUACCCUACUUCAGAUGAUGAAGACACAAAUUCAACAGGAGGUAUUGAAGGUCUUCAAAGGAAGAAAUUUAGUGUUAAUUCUAAUGAUCUCGAGUUGAUUGACCAAGCUGGUUUAGAAGCAAUGGUUCGUAGACUGAGUAGUCAGCCAAUACCUGCCCACAGAGGCAGUAUAAACCAAAUGGAAGAUGAAUUACAAAAUGUUGCCAAUAUCGCAGAUCCAGAAGAUGACAUUUCCUCUAGGAGUAAUAGUUUAGCACUGGAAAAAUUAAUUGAUGAACAACUAAAAUCUCCAAGGGGUUCAACAGCUUCUCCAGAAACAAUAACAAAGUCAGAUCUUGAAACUAUAAUAAUGGAAAGCUUAAAAUCACCAAGGGGGUCAAUUGUAGGAGUAGGGUCACAAAAAGGUUCACCUGCCCUGUCCCCAAGGGCCUCAUCAGCAGGUCUGCAGUAUAAACUUUCUCCCCGUAAUUCUUCUGAUCUGAUAGACCAAGAAACAUUAGUGAUAGAGAACCAAGCUGAGAUAGAAGAGGCUGGAGGUCUGGAAACUGAAGAUGAACAGAAAGCAGGAGGCCAGCCCCGUCAAUCAAUUGGAGUAGAGAUAUUAAACUUCUUGGCUCGUAGGCUUAGCAGCCAACCAACACCUGAGCUAUCUGAAAAUAGAGAUGAGUAUAUCGAAGAAUCAACAAAAGUUCUGACUGACAUUCCAUCAGUUAAAGAGCCUUCAUUAAGUCUAGGAGUACUGGAAUCACCAAGGGGAUCAGUUGCAGGACUAGAUGUUGAGAUGAUACCAUCAGGUAGGUCACCAAGAGGUUCAUCUGCAGGAAUAGAUUCAAGAAGAUCAUCUAGAGCCUCUUCCGCAGGACCAGAAACAGUAAAAUCACCAAGAGGAUCUUCUGCAGGAUUUGAAUCAGAAAAGUCACCAAGAGGCUCAUCUGCUGGACUUGUAGCUGGAGAUUAUAGUACUGAGUCCAUUGAAGGAUCAGUGGAAGACCUGAAUGACAUUCCAUCAGUCAAAGAACCUUCAGUAAGUCUUGGCGUUCUGGAAUCACCAAGGGGAUCAGUUGCUGGGCUAGAUGUUGAGAUGAUACCAUCUGUAAGGUCUCCAAGAGGCUCAUCCGCAGGACUGGAUUCAAGAAGGUCAUCUAAAGCCUCUUCUACAGGACCAGAAAGAGUAAGAUCCCCAAGAGGGUCUUCUGCAGGGCUGGGAGCAGAAAGGUCACCAAGAGGCUCAUCUGCAGGACUUGAAGCAGGAAGGUCACCAAGAGGCUCAUCUGCAGGUCUGGAAGCAGAAAGGUCACCAAGAGGAUCUUCUGCAGGUUUGGAUGCAGAAAUGUCACCCAGAGGCUCAUCUGCUGGACUGGAAGCAGAAAGGUCACCAAGAGGCUCGUCUGCAGGGAUAGACUCAAGAAGGUCAUCUAGAGCCUCUGCAGGACCAGAAAGAAUAAAAUCACCAAGAGGGUCCUCAGUAGGAUUGGAAGCAGAAAAGUCACCAAGAGGUUCAUCUGCAGGUCUGGAAGUAGAAAGGUCACCCAGGGGCUCUUCUGCAGGACUGGAAGCAGAAAGAUCACCCAGAGGCUCAUCUGCUGGACUGGAUGCAGAAAGGUCACCCAGAGGCUCAUCUGCAGGGAUAGACUCAAGAAGGUCGUCUAGAGCCUCUUCUACAGGACAGGAAAAAGGAAGAUCACCAAGAGGGCCUUCUGCAGGAUUUGAAUCAGAAAAGUCACCAAGAGGCUCAUCUGCUGGACUUGCAGCUGGAGAUUAUAGUACUGAGUCCGUUGAAGGAUCAAUGGAAGAUCUGACUGACAUUCCAUCAGUCAAAGAACCUUCAGUAAGUCUAGGCGUCCUGGAAUCACCGAGAGGAUCGGUUGCUGGGCUAGAUUUUGAGAUGAUACCAUCCAUAAGGUCUCCAAGAGGCUCAUCCGCAGGACUGGAUUCAAGAAGGUCAUCUAAAGCCUCUUCUACAGGACCAGAAAGAGUAAGAUCACCAAGAGGAUCUUCUGCAGGACUUGAAGCAGAAAGGUCACCAAGAGGCUCAUCUGCAGGACUUGAAGCAGAAAGGUCACCAAGAGGCUCAUCUGCAGGACUUGAAGCAGAAAGGUCACCCAGAGGCUCUUCUGCAGGACUGGAAGCAGAAAGGUCACCCAGAGGCUCAUCUGCAGGACUUGAAGUAGAAAGGUCACCUAGAGGCUCCUCUGCUGGACUGGAAGCAGAAAGGUCACCCAGAGGCUCAUCUGCAGGGAUAGACUCAAGAAGGUCGUCUAGAGCCUCCUCUACAGGACCAGAAAGAGUAAGAUCCCCAAGAGGCUCAUCUGCAGGACUUGAAACAGAAAGGUCACCAAGAGGUUCAUCUGCAGGUCUGGAAGUAGAAAGGUCACCAAGAGGAUCUUCUGCAGGUUUGGAUGCAGAAAGGUCACCCAGGGGCUCUUCUGCAGGACUGGAAGCAGAAAGGUCACCCAGAGGCUCAUCUGCAGGGAUAGACUCAAGAAGGUCGUCUAGAGCCUCUUCUACAGGACCGGAAAAAGGAAGAUCACCAAGAGGAUCUUCUGCAGGAUUUGAAUCAGAAAAAUCACCAAGAGGCUCAUCUGCUGGACUUGUAGCUGGAGAUUAUAGUACUGAGUCCGUUGAAGGAUCAAUGGAAGAUCUGACUGACAUUCCAUCAGUCAAAGAACCUUCAGUAAGUCUAGGCGUUCUGGAAUCACCAAGGGGAUCAGUUGCUGGGCUAGAUGUUGAGAUGAUACCAUCCGUAAGGUCUCCAAGAGGCUCAUCCGCAGGACUGGAUUCAAGAAGGUCAUCUAAAGCCUCUUCUACAGGACCAGAAAGAGUAAGAUCCCCAAGAGGCUCAUCUGCAGGACUUGAAGCAGAAAGGUCACCAAGAGGCUCAUCUGCAGGUCUGGAAGUAGAAAGGUCACCCAGGGGAUCUUCUGCAGGACUGGAAGCAGAAAGGUCACCAAGAGGUUCAUCUGCAGGACUUGAAGCAGAAAGGUCACCAAGAGGCUCUUCUGCAGGACUUGAAGCAGAAAGGUCACCUAGAGGCUCUUCUGCUGGACUGGAAGCAGAAAGGUCACCCAGAGGCUCAUCUGCAGGACUUGAAGCAGAAAGAGGCUCAUCUGCAGGGAUAGACUCAAGAAGGUCGUCUAGAGCCUCUUCUACAGGACCAGAAAGAGUAAGAUCCCCAAGAGGCUCAUCUGCAGGACUUGAAACAGAAAGGUCACCAAGAGGUUCAUCUGCAGGUCUGGAAGUAGAAAGGUCACCAAGAGGAUCUUAUGCAGCAGAAAGGUCACCCAGAGGCUCAUCUGCGGGGAUAGACUCAAGAAGGUCGUCUAGAGCCUCUUCUACAGGACCGGAAAAAGGAAGAUCACCAAGAGGAUCUUCUGCAGGUUUGGAUGCAGAAAGGUCACCAAGAAGCUCUUCUGCAGGACUGGAAGCAGAAAGGUCACCCAGAGGCUCCUCUGCAGGAUUGGAAGAAGAAAGUAUAGAUACAAAGUCAGUGGAAGUAAGAGAUCUGAAUGAGAUUCCCAAAAUGGAAGAAUUGUCAGUAAGCUUAGGCGUCCUAGAAUCACCAAGGGGAUCUAUUGCAGGGCUGGACACUCAGAUGACACUAUAUGAAAGGUCACCAAGAAACUCCUCUGCAGGGAUAGAUUCAAGAAGGUCUUCUAGAGCUUCUGUAGGAGCAGAAAGAGGAAGAUCACCAAGAGGCUCAUCUGUAGGGCUAGAAGCAGAAAAGUCACCAAGGGGUUCUUCUGCAGGUCUGGAAGCAGAAAGGUCACCCAGAAGCUCAUCUGCAGGACUGGAAACAGAAAUGUCUCCCAGAGGUUCUUCUGCAGGACUAGAAGCAGAAAGGUCACCUAGAGGCUCUUCUGCAGGACUGGAAGAAAGGUCACCAAGAGGCUCUUCUGUAGGACUGGAAGCAGAAAGGUCACCUAGAGGUUCAUCUGCAGGAAGAGACUCAAGAAGAUCAUCUAGAGCCUCUUCUCCAGGACUUGAAAGAGGAAAAACACCUAGAGGAUCCUCUGCAGGAUUAGAAUCUGGAAGGUCUGCAAGAGAGUCUUAUGUUGGACUAGAAACAGAAAGUGAAGAUUAUGAUAUGGAGUCAGUGGUAGUGAGAGAUCUGGACCACAUUCCACAGGUGGAAGAGUUAUCAGUGCAUCUAGGUGUCCUGGAAUCACCAAGAGGAUCUGUUGCUGGACUGGACAUUGAGAUGAUGCCAUCUGAAAGACCAACUUCAGGCAUGGAUUCAAGAAGGUCAUCUUCAGAAUCUGUGGAGAGAGGACCUUCACCCAGAGGACCCUCUGUAGAAAGAUCACCAAGAGGAUCUUCUACCGAGCUUGAAAUGGAAGAGUCACGAGGAGCCUCUGCUGGACUAGAAGCAAAAAGUCAACCUCGUCAGUCAAUUGGAGCAGAAAUAUUCAAUUUCUUGGCUCGUAGGCUCAGUAGGCAAUCUACACCCGAAAUUAUAGCUGGAGAUGAUAGUUCUAAGUCAGUUGAAGGAUCAAUGGAAGACCUGACUGACAUUCCAUUAGUCAAAGAUUCUUCAGUAAGUCUAGGCGUCCUGGAAUCACCAAGGGGAUCGGUUGCUGGGCUAGAUGUUGAGAUGAUACCUUCCGUAAGGUCUGCAAGAGGCUCAUCCGCAGGACUGGAUUCAAGAAGGUCAUCUAAAGCCUCUUCUACAGGACCAGAAAGAGUAAGAUCCCCAAGAGGAUCUUCUGCAGGUCUGGAAGCAGAAAGGUCACCCAGAGGCUCUUCUGCUGGACUGGAAGCAGAAAGGUCACCCAGAGGCUCAUCUGCAGGGAUAGACUCAAGAAGGUCGUCUAGAGCCUCUUCUACAGGACCGGAAAAAGGAAGAUCACCAAGAGGAUCUUCUGCAGGAUUUGAAUCAGAAAAGUCACCAAGAGGCUCAUCUGCUGGACUUGUAGCUGGAGAUUAUAGUACUGAGUCCGUUGAAGGAUCAAUGGAAGAUCUGACUGACAUUCCAUCAGUCAAAGAACCUUCAGUAAGUCUAGGCGUUCUGGAAUCACCAAGGGGAUCAGUUGCUGGGCUAGAUGUUGAGAUGAAAGGUCCAAGAGGCUCAUCCGCAGGACUGGAUUCAAGAAGGUCAUCUAAAGCCUCUUCUACAGGACCAGAAAGAGUAAGAUCCCCAAGAGGGUCUUCUGCAGGGCUGGGAGCAGAAAGGUCACCAAGAGGUCUGGAAGUAGAAAGGUCACCCAGGGGAUCUUCUGCAGGACUGGAAGCAGAAAGGUCACCAAGAGGUUCAUCUGCAGGUCUGGAAGUAGAAAGGUCACCAAGAGGAUCUGCAGGUUUGGAUGCAGAAAGGUCACCCAGGGGCUCUUCUGCAGGACUGGAAGCAGAAAGGUCUCCAAGAGGCUCAUCCGCAGGACUGGAUUCAAGAAGGUCAUCUAAAGCCUCUUCUACAGGACAAGAAAGAGUAAGAUCCCCAAGAGGCUCAUCUGCUGGACUUGAAACAGAAAGUUCACCGAGAGGAUCUUCUGCAGGUUUGGAUGCAGAAAGAUCACCCAGAGGCUCAUCUGCAGAUCUGGAAGUAGAAAGGUCACCAAGAGGAUCUUCUGCAGCAGAAAGGUCACCCAGAGGCUCAUCUGCAGGGAUAGACUCAAGAAGGUCGUCUAGAGCCUCUUCUACAGGACCUGAAAGAGUAAGAUCCCCAAGAGGCUCAUCUGCAGGACUUGAAGCAGAAAGGUCACCAAGAGGAUCUUCUGCAGGACUUGAAGCAGAAAGGUCACCAAGAGAGGAUCUUAUGCUGGACUGGAAGCUGAAAGGUCACCAAGAGGAUCUUCUGCAGGACUGGAAACAGAAAGGUCACCAAGAGGAUCUUAUGCUGGACUGGAAGCUGAAAGGACUGGAAGCAGAAAGGUCACCAAAAAGCUCAAGAAGGUCUUCCAGAGCCACUUCUGUAGAAGAUAUAGAAAGGUCACCUAGAGGCUCAUCUGCAGGACUUGAAGCAGAAAGGUCACCAAGAGGAUCUUAUGCUGGACUAGAAGCAGAAAGAAAGGUCACCAAAAAGUUCAAGAAGGUCCUCCAGAGCCACUUCUGCAGAACCAUAUAUAGAAAGGUCACCGAGAGUAUCCUCUGUCGGACUUGA